AAAAGGCCACGUGGGGACGCGGCGGGGCGGGUCUGGCGGGGGCGGGGCACCUUGGUGCAGGGUCCCAGUUCCCGCGACGCUCCUCUGGAAGCCACGGGGCGCCUCCCAGCUUCUCUCCCCGCUCCAGUUUAGAACCUAAUUCCCAGACCGGGCCCAGCCCUGGGCUCUUGUUGUGCUCUUUUGCUGGGACCUGUUCCACAAAUGGGCGUCUUCUGCCUUGGGCCGUGGGGGUUGGGCCGUAAGCUGCGGACGCCUGGGAAGGGGCCGCUGCAGCUCUUGAGCCGCCUCUGCGGGGACCCCUUGCAGGCCAUCCCAGCCAAGAAGGCCCCGGCCGGGCAGGAGGAGCCCGGGACGCCGCCCUCCUCGCCGCUGAGUGCUGAGCAGUUGGACCGGAUCCAGAGGAACAAGGCCGCGGCCCUGCUCAGACUCGCGGCCCGCAACGUGCCCGUGGGCUUUGGAGAGAGCUGGAAGAAGCACCUCAGCGGGGAGUUCGGGAAACCGUAUUUUAUCAAGCUAAUGGGAUUUGUUGCAGAAGAAAGAAAGCAUUACACUGUUUAUCCACCCCCACACCAAGUCUUCACCUGGACCCAGAUGUGUGACAUAAGAGAUGUGAAGGUUGUCGUCCUGGGACAGGAUCCAUAUCAUGGACCUAAUCAAGCUCACGGGCUCUGCUUUAGUGUUCAAAGGCCUGUUCCGCCUCCCCCCAGUUUGGAGAACAUUUAUAAAGAGCUGUCUACAGACAUAGAGGGUUUUGUUCAUCCUGGCCAUGGAGAUUUAUCUGGGUGGGCCAAGCAAGGUGUUCUCCUACUCAACGCUGUCCUCACGGUUCGGGCCCAUCAAGCCAACUCUCAUAAGGAGCGAGGCUGGGAGCAAUUCACUGAUGCAGUUGUGUCCUGGCUAAAUCAGAACUCGAAUGGCCUUGUUUUCUUGCUCUGGGGCUCUUAUGCUCAGAAGAAGGGCAGUGCCAUUGAUAGGAAGCGGCACCAUGUACUACAGACGGCUCAUCCUUCCCCUUUGUCAGUGUAUAGAGGGUUCUUUGGAUGUAAACACUUUUCAAAGACCAAUGAGCUGCUGCAGAAGUCUGGCAAGAAGCCCAUCGACUGGAAGGAGCUGUGAUCAUCAGCUGAGGGGUGGCCUUUGAGAAUCUGCUGUUGACAUAUUUGUCAGUUAGGAAGUUCCACUGAAAUUUUUCCUAUUAAUUCUUAAGUACUCUGCGUAAGGGGGAAAAGCUUCCAGAAAGCAGCCACGAACCAGGCUGUCCAGGAAUGGCAACUGUAUCCAACCACAAACAACAAAGGCUACCCUUUGACCAAAUGUCUUUCUCUGCAACAUGGCUUCGGCCUAAAAUACGCAGACUUCUCAGAAGACAGAUGAGGUCAAAUACUCAGUUGGCUCUCUUUAUCUCCCUUGCCCUUAUGGCAAAACGGGGGAGAUGUGCACCUUUUAGGCACAGCCCUAGUUUGGCGCCUGCUGCUCCUUGGUUUUGCCUGGUUAGACUUUCAGUGACACGUGUUGGGGUGUUUUUGCUUAGAAAGGUCACCUUGUCUCAGCCCUGCAGGGAAGGCAUGCCAGUCUCUGCCAGUUCCACUGCCCCCUUGAUCUUUGAAGGAGUCCUCAGGCCCCUCACAGCAUAAGGAUGUUUUGCAACUUUCCAGAAUCUGGCCCAGAAAUUAGGGCUCAAUUUCCUGAUUGUAGUAGAGGUUAAGAUUGCUGUGAGCCUUAUCAGAUAAGGGACUGAGAGAAGUAAGCUGGGUCUUGUUAUUCCUUGGGUGUUGGUUGGAAUAAGCAGUGGAAUUUGAACAAGGAAGAGGAGAAAAGGGAAUUUUGUCUUUAUGGGGUAGGGGUGAUUUUCUCCUAGGGUUAUCUCCAGUUGGGGUUUUUAAGGCAGCACAGACUGCCAAGUGCUGUUUUUUUUAGCCGACUGAAAUCACUUUGGGAUAUUUUUUUCUGCAACACUGGAAAGUUUUAGUUUUUUAAAAAGUACUCAUGCAGAUAUAUAUAUUUUCCCAAUCCUUUUUUUAAGAGACAGUCUUUACUGGGUCUGCACCUCCAUCCUUGAUCUUGUUAGCAAUGCUGUUUUUGCUGUUAGUCGGGUUAGAGUUGGCCCUACGCGAGGUUUGUUAAUAAAAGUCUGUU